ACACAGUGAGAUAUUAUCUGAAUGUUGUGCUGCUGCUGCUAUGUCAAAUUUGAUAGGGAAAGUUCAUGGCUGCUCCAGUUAAAAGCUCAUGGGUCCUUGGAAGCAAUUCAGGGAGAUUUGAUUUGCUAAAGCCACAUGGCAGCAACUGGUAUGAUGGACCCCAUUUUAUAUAACAGUAUAUGAAGCUGCAAAUUAAUUUAAUAAAAACAAGACACUAAAAGUCAAGGACAUCAGUGUGUGCUUGAUCUAUAUAAAUAUAAGAUAAAUUAAAACCUUACCUUUACUUUAUAUAAACCAGCUCCAACAGAAACUUUGAACACCACAAAUCUAUCUUAAACCCCAAGUUAAUCAUGUCAGCUUCCAUGUAUGUUCCCACCCUGAAACAAACUAACAUCCUUCAAGAUAUUCUUGUAAGUUCUUACUCAAGAAGAUUGCUACUUGAUCAAUCACCAAGUCCGACACUGGCCCCAUAUGUAGAUAACAACUUUAAUGCAAAUGUUGUUAUGGUCCUAUCUGUCCUCUUGUGUGCAUUCCUUUGCUCACUUGGACUCAAUUCUAUAAUAAGAUGUGCCCUGAUGUGCUGCAGAUUAGCACCAUCGGAAGUAGGUGACGGCCAAACAGCAGCUCGCGUGACUAAUACAGGAGUUAAACGGAAAGCCUUGAAGAGUUUCCAGACCGUAAGUUACUCUGCUGAUUUGAAUCUUCCUGGCCUAGAUACACAGUGCGUCAUAUGUCUCUCAGAGUUUGUAUCCGAAGAGCGUGUGAAGCUGCUUCCAACAUGCCACCAUGGAUUCCAUGUCGGGUGUAUAGACAAGUGGCUUAGUUCACACUCAUCAUGUCCCACCUGCAGGCACUGCCUCAUUGAGACCUGCCAGAAGAUCGCCGACUGCAGCCAAGCAAGGUCGUUAAACCCUGAUCAACCACCACAAGACAGCAUCAUCGUGCAAAUUGCACCACUACAACCAGAAAGAUGGAUACGCUGUUUUAGGUGACACUAGUCACCUAGAGUUAGUUGCAGUUAGCUUGUUUAAAACUACUUUGUGGUUAGAAUUAGUCAAGAUCACGUACAUGCGGUCCACAAGUUUCGCAUUUCCACUCUAAAAUUGUAAAUAUUGUUUGAUCCAAAAAUGGUGUA